UUGAAAAUAUAAUUUGAGACUACGUCUUCCUCUCCUCCACCGAAACAUAAGUUGCAUACUUUAUCCGAAUCUAGGGUUUCAUUCUUCUCUUCUCCUCUCCCGAUAAUCAGAUCCUCGAAACUCUACUCCUCGAAUCAGGUCUCAGUUUCUGUGUAGUUUGCCCAUCAGAUCAACAAAGUUUCAUGUCUGAACUUGAUUCCCAGGUCCCUACUGCCUUCGACCCGUUUGCUGAUGCGAAUGCUGAGGACUCAGGUGCGGGAACAAAGGAGUACGUCCACAUCCGUGUGCAGCAGCGCAAUGGUAGGAAAAGCUUGACAACUGUCCAGGGGCUGAAGAAAGAGUAUAGUUACAGCAAGAUACUUAAGGACCUCAAGAAGGAGUUUUGUUGCAACGGAACCGUGGUUCAAGACUCUGAACUCGGACAGGUUAUUCAGCUUCAAGGCGACCAGAGGAAGAACGUCUCCACGUUCCUAGUCCAGGCUGGCCUUGUGAAGAAGGAUAACAUCAAGAUACAUGGUUUCUGAGCUGCUUGUGGUGCAAUUUCCCUAGGCCGUUUACUGCUCUAGUGAAUCACUACUGUUACCCUCCCCUUCCAAAACAUUUCUUCAACUUUCAUCAUCUUUGAUUCUCUUGUUGCUGUUUUCUCUCUAUUCACCCUUUGGUAUGAUACUAAGAGACUACCAUCUUAUGUACUUUGGCUUUGCCACUUCUUUAAUACUAUGAGAAUGUUAAGAAUCUUUCGUUAA